CGCGGCGGCGCUGUCGAGCCCCAACACACACCGCUCCGAUAAAGAUGUGAAAAUGGCGGAGCUACAAAUGCUUCUGGAAGAGGAGAUUCCAGCGGGACGAAGCGCACUACUGGACAGUUUCACCAACUUAGAAAGAGUCGCCGAGUACUGCGAAAGCAACUAUGUCCAGUCUCCAGACAAGCAGAGGGCGCUGGAGGAGACCAAGAACUACACCACUCAGUCUUUGGCCAGCGUGGCGUACCUUAUCAACACGUUGGCCAACAAUGUGCUGCAGAUGCUCGACAUCCAGGCGUCUCAGCUUCGCCGCAUGGAGUCUUCCAUCAACCAUAUCUCACAGACAGUGGACAUCCAUAAAGAGAAAGUAGCUCGACGAGAGAUCGGCAUCCUCACCACCAACAAGAACACCUCCCGCACUCACAAGAUCAUCGCACCGGCCAACCCCGAGAGACCCGUGCGCUACAUCCGCAAACCUGUCGACUACAGCCUGCUGGACGACAUGGGCCACGGAGUCAAGGCGCCACUCCCCCUAUCGGACGCUCGAGCCGGUGCGUCCUCCCGUUGUCCCUAACGACUACGUCUCGAGCCCGACGCGCAACAUGGCGCACCCCCAGCAGAGCCCCGCACGCACUGCAUCCGUUAAUCAGAGGAACCGCACGUACAGCAGCGGGAGCAGCGGAGGCAGCCACCCCAGCAGCAGUCGCAGCAGCAGCCGAGAGAACAGCGGUAGCGGCAGCGUAGGCGUGCCCAUCGCCGUGCCGACCCCUGCUCCGCCCACAGCCUUCCCAGGUUCAGCCCCUGCCCCACCCAACACAGCUAAACCACCCCCCAACACUGCCACCACCCCAGGGCCUCCUUCUUCUGUCCUAGAUGCCCCCCCACAAGCCCCUAACCCCCCUUUAGAAAUUCCACCUGUACCUCCUCCCCCUCCUCAGCUCCCUGCCUCUACAGCCCCCACUGGCACCGGCCCUGCUACUUAUGUCAACCCCGCACAAGGUGCUCCUCAGUUUUACAGCAUGAACCGCACGGUGCAGCAGCCCCAGAACCACCAGGUGGGGGGUUCCCUUCCGUUUCGCCGACCUUCAUCCGUCACCGGUCAGCCCAACACGACCCACAACCCCAGCCAGCUCAACGGGGGGCCACACUUUGCCCAGAACCAAGCAGGCCCACACGCGCCCCCUCCCCCAUCCAUGCAGAUCACCCCUCAGCUGCCUCUGAUGGGCUUUGUGGCCCGAGUUCAGGAGACUAUCUCAGAUGCGCCGCCCCCGCCCCCGCCUACCGAGGAGCCGGUGUUUGAAGAACCCACGCCUCCUCCACCUCCACCGGAGGACUACGAGGACGAAGAGGAAGAAGAAGAGUCGGCAGUAGUGGAGUACACCGACCCUUACGCGGAGGAAGACCCACCCUGGGCUCCACGUACCUACCUGGAGAAAGUGGUGGCCAUUUACGACUACGCUCGCGACAAAGAGGACGAGCUCUCCUUCCAGGAGGGCGCCAUCAUCUACGUGAUCAAGAAGAACGACGACGGCUGGUACGAAGGAGUGAUGAACGGGACCACGGGCCUCUUCCCUGGAAACUACGUCGAGUCCAUCAUGCACUACGCCGACUGAACAAAUCUGCAACUGAGCGGGAGGAGCGUCUGUCGGGGGAAGGAGGGAGAAGUCGCAGGUUAACGUCUUUGAUCAGACACAGCAUGAUCGCCUCGGAGCGAAGAAACGGAGGGAAGCAGUUUUAUCGGACCUGACGAACUGAUGUUGUCGCCAUUGUAAAACAACCACUGCUUUAGAUAUAUCCUCUCUUGUAAUAUUUCUUUCUUUAUUUGACCAAGGAGUGGAUGGUGAUGGAUUUGUUUUGAGUUUUGUGAAGCAGCAACAUUUUACUUUUUCGUUGUUUGUCCUGUUUUUUUGAAACCGUAUUUAUUUGUAUUUGGAUGAAUGUUGGAUUCAGCUAACAUUUCCGCACAGCAGCAUCAGAGAAAAGGGCUGGAGGAAAAUGCCUUCAUGUGUAGAUUUCUCCUCAACACUCCAGAGACGACACUUUUCCUCAGAGAGGGGGGGUGGAUUUCCUAUCGGGUACCUCAGGGACGGUGCCAAAGCUGAGCGAGACAAGCACAUCAGACGUCUUGAGGUUAAAACGAGACAUCUGGAACCAAACAAGAAUCCUCGCUUAUUUUGUGCGGUUUAUUAGACGGGGACGUCGGGGUAGGUGGACAUAAAGUUUCAGCCGUUUCCACGCUUCGUUUUGCGAGUGUGCAAAUUUCUUAGGUGAAGGAAUCGUCAUCCAGCCCAGGAUAAUGGUAGAUUUUGAAGUGCAGCUCCUGUUGUGAAUAGUAGAAGUGUUAGCGUAACUGGUGAGGCUAAUCUGACUUUUUUUUUUAAUUUUUUUUUUUUAUUAUUAUUAUUAUUUCUGCCAUGAGGUCCAGACUUAAAUUUUUGUUGUUUUUUUUUUGCUUGCAGAAAGGCAGACUGCGUGUUUCAUCGAGUGGGGAUAAAAAAAACAAACAUUUUUCUUCUUUACGGAUGGUUGUUGUCUUCAUAUUUUCCGGAUAUGGUGUGGGUUGGUUUUCGAUAUACAUCUACAACACAGACGUCAGCACAUUUAGGUCAUUUCUAAAGACGCUUGUGCCAUAUUGAAGUGUGUGUUGCUGUUCAGAGGUUAUCACUUCAUUUGCAAUAAACUGGACAGAAUCGGGCGGACUGCCGUUGGAAAAUGCAGAUUUGUUUUCUAGAUUUCCUCCGUUUGAAAUAAAAAGCACAUACAUUUGUAAUAAAAAGGUGUAGAAGAAGAAAUAAUAUAACUGUGAGAUGUAUUAUGUCCCCACAAUGGGGCGCCAGAUGUUGUGUUAAAAUGGAUUGACCUGUUGCAAGCCCCCAUACUAUGAGGAAAAAAAAAAGAAAACGCGUCAUUCGUUCUUCGUAUAGUUAAAUACGCUUGGGUGUUUUCCAGGGCUCAGUGCUUGUCCUUAUGUCAGAAUCUUAAUUUUCUAUUUAAGAAAAGAAAAAUAAGUGGGUCUGUAUGUGAGUCUUGCAUGCCAUUGUUCUUAUCUGUACUGGUGUCCCAAAGGAAAAACGAAAAGAAAAAAAACCCAUUAAAUGGCAAGAUCACCCAUUUUUGAAAAGACAGGCAGCCCUGCAGCUCUGAUCAGGAACCAUCAGCCUCAUCCAAAGAGACAGUCCAACUUCAAGCCCACGUCCAAGGGGCCGCGCCCUCUGACCUGAUGGUAGCUGACAUUAACGCCAUCUGUGGAUUUUUGUGUUUAAGCUGCUAGUGAAUCCUGUGGACGGACAGCAGGUGGGAUAAGUCGAGAUUGGUGACAAAGCUCGACUCGAUUAACACUCCUUGGAUGACGCUAAAAUCUUACAUGUAAGGCCUUUGGUCUGCAGGAUUCACAACCCCCUGAAGAGGCGGACGUCCCGGCCCGGGAUGUCCAGUUCAACGGUCCAUAAUGCCAUUGUGUUGCACAAGUAAAGUUGACUUGCAGAAUUAUCAUAUUUGUAAAAUCAUGAAAAUAAAGAUGAUAAAAUUA